UUUGGAACUGGAUAAGGUGGUCGCCACAGCUCUCUCUCUCUCUCUCUCUCUCUUCUCACCUCUUCCUUAUCCACAACAUCAAAAGAGAGUCACUCCCCCAUUGAGACCACCUUAUGUGCUUUCACCAUGCGCUGUCAUUUCCUUUGGGAUAAACUCUCUCCCCCACACACAUGUGAGAGAACCAGUAAGCUUACGGUGAAAAGCGCUGCGCUCUCCCAUUCACAGUCGUGUGUUUGCUGGCGAGCGAAGAGUAGAGAGCGUCUUUUGGAAGUUAACAAAAUCAACGGGAUUGUUUAUUUAUGAAUACGCUAAUAAUUGCGAAAUCAAGCCUUUGAACGCCGCAGGAUCCGCAGGACGAAGAGCAGUAGAGCAGAGGAGGAGAGCAGCAGAACCAGAGAUCACCCAUUUUGUCAUCUAGUUAGGAAGCGAGCGCUAAACUUCGAUCAAGAAUAAUGGGUAACGAGACCUCCCUACCCAUGGACAUGUGCUCCAAUUUCGAUGCAGAUGAGAUCCGACGAUUGGGCAAGCGUUUCCGCAAACUGGAUCUGGACAAUUCCGGGGCACUGAGCAUAGAUGAGUUCAUGUCGCUGCCGGAACUGCAGCAGAAUCCGUUGGUGCAGCGCGUUAUCGACAUCUUCGAUGCCGAUGGCAAUGGCGAGGUGGACUUCAAGGAGUUCAUCCAGGGCGUCUCGCAGUUCAGUGUGCGCGGCGAUAAGCUGUCGAAGCUGCGAUUCGCAUUCCGCAUCUAUGACAUGGACAACGAUGGCUACAUCUCCAACGGGGAGCUCUUCCAGGUGCUCAAGAUGAUGGUGGGCAACAAUCUGAAGGAUACACAGUUGCAGCAGAUCGUGGACAAGACCAUUUGCUUUGCGGACAAGGACGAGGAUGGAAAGAUAUCAUUCGAUGAGUUCUGUUCGGUGGUGGGCAAUACCGACAUACACAAGAAAAUGGUCGUCGAUGUCUAGGGGAUAUGCGUAUAUAAGUACAUAUAAUAGACAUACUAUGUAGAGCAUAUAGGAUCCGGAUCCCCCCAAGUGUGUGUGUGUGUGUACCUUCCGCUCAACCCGUUAAGCUUUAUAUAUAUAUAUAUUAAUAUAUAUAAUAAUUGGAUCCUGUGUAUGUCUGUCUGUCGUCGGUCUGCGUGCCAAAAGAAAGCAGUUCGUUCACUCGAUUCUUACUCGAUACCUAUCUAGAUAUAAAUAUAUAUAACCUAUAUGCACAUACCUGACCGAUCUCUCAUCCUCAGAAUGCUAUGAAUUGUGUCUUAUACUCAUACGAAACCACCGGCAACGGACCA